CUUCAACAGAGAGCUCUCGCAGAACUAUCACUCUGCAACGGCACAGCAGCGCAGUGUUCCUACUGGAGAUGAGGGAUUCUCUGUUGUUGCUCCAAUAAGAGUGAUAGUUUCCACGAUUCAACGUGUGGGAGAAAAGUGUCUGGGUAUUGGGGAGGGAAGCAAAAAGAACAUCUCAAGCUCGCAGAGCAAAGUAUCGGAGACUUAGAAAACCAAAAAGGCACAUUAAUUGCAGAUAAAAGAAUGGAUCAGAAUCAGAAUGGCGAAGACAAUUGUGAACUAAAUGGCAGUAUCUGUAUGUCACUGAAACUUUUAAGAAUGGACAGUAUGGACAUGUGCCGCACCAAUACGAAAACUGAGGACAUUUCACACUUCCAUAAAGUCCAGAUUAUGAAAUGUGUUUGGGAAGAAAAAGACACAACAUUUGCAGAGGACACAGACUGUGAAGAGAUCAUCAAUGAUCAAGUCACAAGUGAAAAGAAGAAAAAUGCUUCCUUGAGUUUGAAGGGAACAAAGUCCUUGAAGAAAAAGAAGCCACCGGAUGCAGAGCGAUCUGUCCAAAACACGCAGUCCUGCAGCUAUAAAGAAAAGGUCCAAAAACUCAAUAGAGAAAAUGCUGAAAAGGCAUCUGUUAUACUCGUUGAGAAACGGUCUCCUGAAAUAAAGGAAGAAGAGAACUUUAUAUCAAUAGAUAUUCCAAACACAAAUGCUGGUGCUAUUGCUGAAGGUGGCUCUCCUGUUAUUUAUUGUGUUAAAGAAGAUGAGCUACCCAUGUGUGCGAGUGAUAAACCGGUUCCAGCAUUGCCAGAGGUCUGUAGCACAGCAGAGGCUGAAGAGGAAAUACUCGACAGUACUGAUGAGAACAAAGAAGAAGGCAAUCUUCUCAUUGUAGUAUCUGAUGAUGAAACAAAUGCACAAAUAGAAAAAAGAUAUGAUGAGCACAAAGUGGGACAUGAAAUUAUUUCUCAACAGAAAGAGGAUGAUAAUGUCCAUAAUAGUACAUUGGAUGAAGAAAUAAAAACUGUGCAUGACUCCUCAGAGUCACUAGCAUCAGAAGAUCUACUCCUAACCAUGAGUGAUUCUGACACAUCUGAUCGCCUUUCUCCAUGCCUAGUGUUUAAAGACACUGAACAAGAAACCACUGCAAUAGAAAGAGUGAGGAGUAAAGAGGAAAUACAACUACUUGUUACUGAGGAAGAAGUAAAAGAAGAAUUGGAGGAGGAAGAAGAAAAAGAAGAUGAUGUUGAGGAAACAUUACAAGAAUCCAAACAAAAUGAUGAAAGCUGCCACAAUGAACAAAUGUGUAAUACUAAGAAACGGGUAACGGACGAUGAUCACUUGAAAGAAGAUAACAAGAAAAGCAGAAAAGAAGCAAAAGCCACAGCAGAGAGCAUAUCACUAGAGGACAGUGAAGAAACAACAGACAAUUUGAAACAAGAGGAGCAAAUAAGUGACAGCACUGAAAAAAAUAAGGAAUCUUUCAAAAAGGAAGAAGAGGGAUUGUUAAUUCUUGAUGUCACACCUCCGCCACCAGCCCCUUUUGAUCACAGAAUUGUCUCAGCCAAACAUUCUCAGAUUAGUAACUUUUACACCGUGGAAAAGACGCACUUGCUUGGCGGUGGGAGAUUUGGACAAGUGCACAGAUGUGUAGAGAAAACCUCAGGGCUUGCCCUCGCAGCAAAAAUCAUCAAAGUCAGAGGACAUAAAGAAAAGGAAGAAGUGAAAAAUGAGAUACAAGUCAUGAACCAGCUGAAUCACACUAACCUCAUCCAAUUAUAUGAUGCCUUUGAGUCCCGAAAUGACAUUGUUCUUGUGAUGGAAUAUGUAGAUGGUGGAGAAUUAUUUGACAGAAUUAUUGAUGAGAAUUGCACCCUCUCGGAAGUGGACACAAUAUUAUUUAUAAAGCAAAUCUGUGAAGGGAUUCAGUACAUGCAUCAAAUGUACAUCAUACACUUGGAUCUUAAGCCAGAGAACAUUAUGUGUGUGAGUCGAGCAGAUUACCAGAUCAAAAUUAUUGAUUUUGGCUUGGCUAGAAGGUAUAAGCCAAGGGAAAAAUUGAAAGUGCACUUUGGCACUCCAGAGUUCCUUGCCCCUGAAGUUGUGAACUACGAUUUUGUCUCUUUUCCCACAGACAUGUGGAGUGUGGGAGUCAUUGCCUACAUGCUGUUGAGUGGGCUCUCACCGUUUUUGGGGGAAGAUGACAAUGAAACACUAAACAACAUCAUUGUAUCUCAAUUCGAUUUUGAAGGAGACGAAUUCCAUAAUAUCUCAGAAUUUGCUAAAGAUUUCAUCUCUAAGUUGCUGAUAAAGGAAAAGUGCUGGAGAAUGAGUGCAAGUGAAGCUAUAAAACAUCCAUGGUUGACAGACUCCAAAUUGCACUACACAAUUAACCAGCAGGUUGCUUCAAAGAAAAAAACUAAAAGCUGUACUGUAUCUGAGGCACCUCUGGGCAAGUGACAUAUUCCAGACUAGUAAUGAACAGAAACACUGCUGUGUGGCGUCUGCUGUGAGACAUUUGAGCAGUUCUGGUGCUGUGACCUUCCAUGAGAUGACUUGGGCAUUUACCAGCUGGACCAUUGCCAUCAACUAAGGGCGGGUCUUGGCAUGACAAGGCUAACUUCACCACUUCCUCUCUCACAUGCUAAAAAUGCUGUGUUCAAGAAUCUUACCAGCUAUUUCCAAGGGUUUGAGAUGUUCAAAUUUCCUUUACUGUGUCUGUAACACAGGUGUAUGUGUCUAGAUGCUUUCUAUAAAUGCAUUGGUUUGUGGUUGUUAAAGUUUUAAAUUAUUUUAUAACAUUCACAACUGCACUACAUGCCUGAAUCAUGGCUCUCUCCUAUCAUACACUCUACUUACUUACACAUAUUUGUGCUAAAUAAGUGUAUGCGACAUUGGAUAUCAGGCUGUCCCACCCUUUUACCCUGGAAUGCUCUUCGUGGUUCCGUUUCUGGGUGGCCUGUUUUUCAAUAAGAUGAGUCAUUUGCAAUCUAAUUAAUGGAUGAAUCACACUCAUAAGCAAUAAGUCAUGUGUAGUGUAGAUUGCUUGUAAUCAUUGCGUUGGAGGAACCAUAUUUCUCUGCACUUGGUGACACUUUUGACUGGACCAACUUGAUAUUUAUAAUGUAAAACUUUGGCUUUGGUAUCUAGAAUAAAAAAGGGAGAGCAAUAUUGCAGGACCGUGGGUGAGUGAAAAUUCCCCCAGAUUCAGGGCUGUAAGGAGCUGGGCUGGCGGCUGCACCAGUUCCUCCAGUAUCUAAUCCGGAAGCUUAACUGGAGGUAGAGGAAAAAGACCAGGACUGUUCGCGGUACCGCUGGGAAGGCACUCUUCUAAAGAAGUGAAGAUAAGAUGAGAGGAUUUAUUGGUGUUUAAAAGCAAUGCAUUUCGGGAUUGGAAGGAUCCCUUUGUCAGGCAGAAUACACCAUCAGGUGGUGUAUUCUGCCUGAUGAAGAGAUCUGCUCGAUCCCAAAAUGCAUUGCUUUUAAAGAACAAUAUGGACUUUCAUUUGAUCUUCACUUCUUUGGAGUCGUGCCUUCCCAGCAGCGCCACAAACAGUCCCGGUCUUUUUCCUCUACCUCCAGUAAAACCUUGGCGUUGUCAGACCUAAGAUAUUUUGUUGCUGCCGUCUGAAAAAAAAUGUUGCCUUUUUAUGGUUGAUAUCAUAUUGCUUUAGCUCAUAAUGUUUCUAGUUGGUCCAUCAAAACAUGUCCAAAAUGAGCUCAGUGUGUUAAUACAGACAUUUUAACACAAGGCAUUCAUGCCAAAAGCAAAGUGCCAGGGAUAAUCAGUUGACGCAGCAGAUUUUUUCACAGUCUGGAUGAGAAUUCUUAAAUUCUCAUCCACAUUGCUGAUACCAUAAAAGACUGCGGAUGUGCCACAUGCAAAUCCGCUGUGGCAAAUUUGCAGUGUUCAUGCCCCGUGUGGACAUAUCCGUAUAUGUAAAACUAGAAUAGAAAAUUGCAGCAGGAAACUUCAGAAUAGGUGUUCACCACUUGAAAAGUUUUAAAUUAGUGAAUUUAAUAGAAAUUUGUAUCUAUAGACUUCAUUUGAGAAUUCACAAUAGUCUUUAGAACUGAAAACUUACUUCUUUAAAAGGAUAGAAUGAUCCAUAAACUGUAAAAAUUUAAAAGGGUUAGCCCAUGAACAGCAUGUAUUACCUAUAGAUAGGAUACAUGAUAAAGGUAUGAUUACUGGGGGUCUGACCCAUGAGAAUGAGGGACCUCAAGCCCCCUCUGUGAAUAAAGCAGUAGUAAGAACGUGUGACCACCGCUCUAUUCACUUCUGUGAAACUGCUGAAGAUAGCCAAGCGUUGUACUCAGCAGUACCAUAGAAGUGUCAUUACUACUCCAUUCACAUAGGGAAGGUGGGCAUCCCUGUCCUCAUGAUUGGUGGGGGUCCCACCAUUCAGGCUCCCAGACAUCAUACGUUUAUCAGCUAUCUGGUGGAUAGGUGCUAAAUGUUUUUAUGGGUCAGCGCCUUCAAAUAAAGGAUCUGCUUUAAUUCCAGAAAUACUGUAGCUCCAAUCUUAUCUAUGGGUUGAAACUGAUAUUGCAACUGAAACUGAUUCAGUUGUAUGUGAGCCGCAAUACUAGACUUAGCCCAU